GUCAUCUUCGUCCGGCGACAUGUUCAGCUCUUUUCAAAAGGAGCUUUUCGCGCAACCGAAAGGGGAAAAAUAAAAAAUAAAAAAUAAAAAAUUGGAAUAUAUCGCUCUCUGGAUUCUCCUUUCGGUCAAACCCACCUACUUCCACUCGACCGGCGUUGCUUCGGUAGCACUCCGGGUUUGAUCGGAACUGAAGAGUCGGUGGGUUCCGGUUCGAUCCUCCGUCGCGAUCCGCCGUUAUGAUAUUUCGGCGGUUCUAGUCCGAUCUUCCCGGGCGGCUUAGGUUUUGCGAUGAUCGAUGUCGAGCUCUAGCCUGGCCAUCGAGAAAUGCCGCUCUAUGUUCGCCGCGAGGCUUCUAAGUUAUGGAGGAAGAUUUGCGCGGAGGUGUCGAUAGAGAUUCCCUUACUUGCCGAGAGCUGGAAGUAUCUUCUUGGUGGACUUGUUUUCCAGUACAUUCAUGGGUUGGCUGCCAGAGGAGUUCACUACUUGCAUCGUCCAGGCCCAAUACUUCAGGACAUUGGUUUUCUUUUUAUUCCUGAACUUGGUCGAGAUAAAGGUUAUAUCAGUGAGGCUCUGUUUACCUGCAUCUUCUGUUCAUUUGCUCUGUGGACUUUUCACCCUUUCAUAUGCCAGAACAAAAAAAUUUAUACAGUCCUGAUGUGGUGCAGGGUUCUUGCUUAUUUAGUUGCUUCUCAAGUUCUCCGGAUUGUUACAUUCUAUUCAACUCAGUUACCUGGUCCAAACUAUCAUUGCCGUGAGGGUUCGGAACUUGCCACGUUACCACCUCCAAGAAGUGUGCUUGAAGUGGUCUUUAUAAACUUUCCACGAGGGAUUCUAUAUGGCUGUGGUGACUUGAUUUUUUCAUCACACAUGAUCUUUACAUUAGUUUUUGUCAACACAUAUCAGAAGCAUGGCACAAAGAGGUUUAUCAAGCAGUUUGCUUGGUUACUUGCGGUGGUUCAGAGCCUGCUCAUUAUAGCGUCUCGGAAGCAUUAUACAGUGGACAUCGUUGUUGCAUGGUAUACCGUAAAUCUGCUUGUGUUUUGUCUCGACAGGAAAUUGCCAGAAAUGCCUGAUAGAUCAAUGGCAGCUACAUAUUCUCCAACCCUACCAUUGAGUACCAAAGACAAGGAAAGCAAGAGCAGAGGAGAGCAAUACAAUCUUUUAAACGGGGUUAUUGUCAGCUCAGCAGACUGAGGACGGAUGCCCAUAAAUAUCGCCACAUUCUCAGCUUCCUUUGCUUUGGAAGAUGAGAUUUUUCUGAUGCUUGUAGAGGUGUAAUAUACCUUAUACUUCUGGUAUUCAAGAUGGGAAAGCCUGAAAGAUAGUAUAUCAAUAAUAACACGAGCUGAAGAUAGCUGUGUUGCUGAUCCACGUUAUUUCCCUUAAGUGUAACCGUGAAAACCGUGCAGCAUUGGCUCAACGUAAAUCAGUUAUUGGUGGUGGGAAAUUCAUUUGGAGUGGUUCUCUAAA